ACUACAUGGAGAAAUCGACAAUAGGUGCUAGACUACUGCUCUUGAACCUUUUUGUACUUGGCUUUCUUGCUCAAUCAACAGUUCAUUCAUUGGCCAAUGCAUCUGCACCUGAUCAUGAUUUUAGCUACAUGAAGAUUGUGAAGGAUGCCACUGAUCUACCGUUGGAAGAUAAAUAUGACUAUAUUGUAGUUGGGGGAGGAACAGCAGGUUGUCCAUUAGCAGCAACAUUAUCAGCAAGCUACUCGGUGCUUGUUCUUGAAAGGGGUAGUGCUCCUACUGCACAUCCAAGUGUCUUGCGAGAAGAAGGGUUUCUGAGUAACCUCAUGCAAGAAGAUGAUGGUAAGAUCACACCAGCUCAAAAGUUUAAGUCUGAAGACGGUGUUGCUAUUGUCAGAGGAAGGGUUCUCGGUGGCUCAAGCAUGAUCAAUGCUGGUUUCUACUCCAAAGCUGACAGGGAAUUCUUUGUUAAAUCUGGAAUUAAAUGGGACAUGGAUUUAGUUUUUUUUUUUUUUGAGAGAAACUCAACUGACCAGUCUGUAGAAAAUUGUGCCGUCUCUCGUCCAAAUCUGUCACGUUCAAUUUGGCAAUCUAUUGUGAAAGAAGCAUUGUUGGAGGCUGGUGUUGGUCCAAACAAUGGAUUCAGUUUGGAUCACAUUAAGGGAACCAAAGUUGGCGGUUCUACUUUUGAUACACAUGGAAGGAGACACGGAACUGUUGAAUUGCUUAACAGAGGAAACCUAAAGAACUUGCGAGUGGGAAUUCAUGCCACAGUCGAGAAAAUCAUCUUCUCUUCCAAAGAAUCAAGUGUUUCGGCUCGAGGGGUGGUAUAUAUUGAUUCUAAUGGGAGGUCUCAUCGGGCAUUUGUACGUGGUAAGGGAGAGGUUAUUCUGAGUGCAGGGGCAAUUGGGAGUCCUCAGCUUCUACUUCUUAGCGGUGUUGGCCCUCAGUCCUAUCUAUCAUCUUUGAAAAUCCCAGUUGUUCACCCCCAACCUCACACUGGAAACUUUAUGUAUGACAAUCCUCGUAAUUUCAUUAACAUUUUGUCCCCGUUUCCACUACAGCCCUCAACUGUAAAGAUUGUCGGCAUUACCGACCAUUUCUACAUAGAGGCCCUCUCUAGCACGCCCAUUUCUACUACACCCUACAGUGUUUUUCCAGAUCCGGCUAAACUUAUAAAGAUAAAUUCAAGUUUAGGACUCAUUGCCAUCAAGUUGGUAGGACCUUUGUCUUAUGGUACUCUGAAGCUCCAUUCAUCAUCUGAUGUGAGAGUUGGUCGAAAUGUCCGCUUCAACUACUUUGCACAUCCCUUGGACCUUGCUCGUUGUGUUUCUGGCAUGAAGAAGAUUGGGGAGUUAUUAAAUACCAAGUCACUGAAAGCAUUUAAGGUUCAAGCUUCGUCGAGCGCAAAAGCUUACAAUUUUUAUGGUCCAACUUUACCUAUGAACCAGACAGAUGAUGCAUCUUUUGGAGAAUUUUGUCGUGAUACAGUAUCAACAAUUUGGCAUUUCCACGGCGGAUGCCUUGUCGGAAAGGUGGUCGAUAGCAGCUUGCGGGUCAUGGGAAUUGAUGCUUUGCGUGUUGUUGACGCAUCCACAUUCAAUUUCACACCGGGGACAAAUCCUCAGGCCACACUUAUGAUGUUGGGCAGGUACAUUGGCAUUAAGAUGCUGCAACAAAGAUCUUCUUAAGCGAUGCAGUCUAUAAUAUAAAUAAACUGAAGUGUACUACUGUAUCCUUCGAUAGCAUUCUCGCAACAUAAAUAAAAGGACAACUAAUAUGUUCUGUAUUGUCCACGAUGCGAGGCUGCUAGCUAGAGUGUGUAAUAAUAAAGGAAAUUAGUAUACCAA